AUGGCCUACGGUCAUAACUUCUCUUAUGCCAUUGCCGGCACUAAGAUCAUGGUGUGCACCCAAGACACUCCAGCUGGUGUUCUGCUUCGACGUGGCAGACCCGAAGCAGGAAUGGGAAAUACUGCAUUCUAUGUGCGCAGGCAGUCCUUUUCCUUUCGUAGGGAGGGCUUUAGUUGUGGACUUGUCGAAAUCGUCCUGGUGGCACCAAGGAUGAGUUACUCUUUGCCUAUGUAA